AUAAUCUGGCAUCAAAUAGGGCGACUCAGAUAUAAUUCGAGUGAGACGAUAAACUUGUCCUCAACAGAGCCAAUCAUCCAUUCCAACUUGGAGGGAUCCCAUUCUCCCCUUACAACUGCUUGCUCUGCUCCCAUCCGUCGUCUGAUUAAUCUUCUUGAUCGGCUGGAUCAGCGUAUAAAUGCUCUGUCCGUUUACAGCGAUAUCCAGCAGUCGGCGGUGUCCCCGCCCUCUUUACCUCUGGACAGCAGCUGGUCUGGUUUUGGUGGUCACUCGAAUCCCUUCUAUUCUCACAAAGGUCUUCAACUGACUGGUUUGCCUCCUUCCUCAUCCUCAACGGUCCAGGAGGCCAUCGAUCACCUCUAUCAGAGUUUGCUUCGUCGCCAGUUAGCCUAUCCCCAAUGGACACAGAAUGCUAGUAACUCGGAGUCAGAAGUGCAAGCUACAGGGCCGGAUAGUCGCAAAUAUAAUCAGAUUCUUAUUGUACUAGAUGAUGUUUGGGAUAUAGAAAUAGGAAAAGUACUAUCGAGUCUACCGGCUACCUUUCUAGUGACUUCGCGAAAUGAGAACAUUCUGAGAACCGUUAAUUCUCUUACAAAAUCUUUUCUCUGA